GAGUUCUGUGUGAGAGCACGGGAUUCGUUUGUGGGCAUGCCACGUGUAGCGUCAGUGAUGGGCAUGGUGGCGGCGGAGGCGGAGCAGCAGCAGCAGGAGGAGGGCGUUUCUAGGGGGCGAGAAGAAACUGAUGCAGACGAGCAGCAGGGCAAAGGCGAUCUCCCUUGCAGGGGGAUGAUUCUCGAUCGGUCGAAGUUUACGAAAACCCUCUGCGUGUGCGGACUACGUGUACCCAAGACGAAGUGCCACGUGGCGCAGAAGAUCUUGUCAGGAUUGCUCCUGGAUUACCCUCGAGUCAGGCAUGUUGUCUUGGACGGUGUGAACGCGGACACAAGGCUAAUCUUACUUAAGGAAGACUUUACGGCCGAGUUAGGUUUAAAUCAAUUUCCAGAGAGAGUAAUUAGUGAGUUAGAGGCAGCAGCAGCCAUUGUUGACUCACAGUUGUUGCCGCAAUUAGUACCCUAUGAUGUCGUUUUGGAUUACGCUUAUUGGCCAGUAGAUCACGUGUUGAAGGAGUUACUGCCACGUGGAUGCGAAAUCCCGUCCUCCUUUGAAACUGUAGGUCAUGUUGCGCAUCUCAAUCUUAGAGAUGAGCUGCUACCAUACAAGACAUUGAUUGCCGAGGUGCUCUUAGAGAAGAACUUCCCGCGAAUCAGGACCGUCGUUAAUAAGGUGGCGACGAUCGAGAAUCAGUUCCGUGUACCGGAGCUGGAAGUUUUGGCGGGAGAUGACAAUCUGGAAACGGAAGUCAGACAAUAUGGAGCGACUUUCAGACUCAAUUUUGCUGACGUGUACUGGAAUUCAAGAUUAGAGUUCGAACAUAAACGAUUGGUUGGGUUAUUUAAACCAGGAGAAGUUAUCUGUGACAUGUUUGCUGGUGUAGGUCCGUUUGCGAUUCCCGCUGCUCAAGCUGGUUGCCUGGUACAUGCGAACGAUCUCAACCCUCGAAGCGCUCAUUACUUGGCUAUAAAUGCCAAGCUGAACAAGGUUUCUCCCAGAAUACGUGUCUACAACUUAGACGCCAGGGAUUUCGUGCAAUUGCUUCUCGUCAGCGAUCCAUCAUCAUCAUCAUCAUCAUCAUCGCAAUUGCAAUCUGCAGAGUUGGUGGACACACCGCUGACCUCCGGGGCCGGUGAGGGGGAGAAAGGUGAUAUUGGAAAAGCAGCUGCAGGAGGGGAAAAAGGAGGAGGAGGAGGAGGAGGUGGAGGUGAUUUUAGUAAUGGUAAUGGCAAUUCUCAAGUACUGGAGGAUGAAGUGGAAAAGGGGUUCGUGGAUGUUCCUUAUGGUUCUACAAGUGCGACCGAGGUGGAGGUGACUGUGGAAAAGUCCCCUGUAGCAGACAAGAGCAGCCGUGAAAGAUCAGCAGCAGCCAACAAGGCCAACCGGGGAGCUGGACAUGCAAUUGGAAACACUGGGGCUCUUUCAAGUGCGAUAGAAGUCCCAGCUAUGGCUUCUUCUUCCUCUUUCUGCAUAUUGCCAGGUGAUGUGGAGGUGAUUGCGGCAGGAGGAGCCUCCUUCUCCUCCCCCGAUGACCACCGAAGCCAAGGUGAAGCGGCGAUCCAAGCCGAAGCUGGGAUCAGAACCACCGAAGCUAGGAUGGGAACCGAAGCUGCGAUCGGAACUGAAGCUGGUAUCGGAGUUGAAGCUGGGGCCGGAACCGAAGGCGGGACUGGGAUGUCCCCCCACCUUUCGAUUGUGAAACCUCUAUCGUGCUGCUGCGCAUCUGCAGAUCGUGACGAGGCCACUUUGGAACAUGCGGAAGGGAGUAGGGAAGCGGUCGGAGAAGAAGAAGGUGGAAACUUUUGCAGGGAACCUCUCGUCCCGAUCCGGCGAAGUCCUGUGUCACCUGUGGAAAGGACUGCGGAUUUUGAUGUCGACUGGAAGGGCCAGAAGCGGAGUACGGACGGGAAGGAUAAGGAGGCUAUUAUGGUGGUAAACGGCAGAAAAGGGGAGGAAAAAGACGAGGAAGAAAGUGGGGAAGUAGCAGGAGGAGGAGGAGGGAAGAACUUGGGAGAAGAGGAAGAAGAGGGAACCGUGACGGGUGCAAAGAAGGUGGCAGCGACAAAGAAGAGGAAAAGAAAUGGGAGUGGUGGUACUGGUGGUGCUGGGCAUAAUCGUGGUGCUUAUGAUGGCGGAAACCUCAAUGGCAAUGCUGAUGGCUCCAACGGUGUGGUUAGGUCGGAGUCGGGGAGGAUAAGCAAGUCGGCAGUUGCGAUCCGGACUGCGACUGAAAACCCGUGGAAGACGCAUGAUAGGGACCAGGACAAUUACAUGUUCCACCACGUAGUGAUGAAUCUGCCAGCAUCGGCACCAGAAUUCCUUGACGUCUUUCGAGGCCGAUUCUCGCAAAGCAGAUGGGCUGGGAGAUUGCCACGUGUCCAUUGUUAUUGCUUCCUCCGGUCCAAUGAAACGUACGCAGAUGGCAUAAAGCGCGCCGAGCGAUCGCUAGGAGGGGUCAUUGCGCAGCCCGAAGUCUGGCAUGUCCGAGAUGUGGCGCCAAACAAGAUAAUGUUAUGCAUUAGCUUUGAUCUGCCUGCUGAUGUGGCAUUUGGCCGGGAUACGGACCAGGACAGGGUAGGAGAAGUUUCUCCCAAGGCAGAAGAAGAGAGGCUGUUGUCUCCUCAGGAGGACGGAAUAGGAAAGCAGGGAGGAGAAGAACGGAAGAAGAUGGAUGCAGGGAAAGACGAUGAGGGAGCUGAAACGACGAUUGGCUUGCCUCGUGAUGAACUGAAUGGACAACACUCGUAAACAAUUUACCCAGCGUUAAAAAAAAAUAAAAACCCACUACCUACCUACCUUUAAUGACUGCCCUGGUUAGCAGGAGGGCCCCAAUCUUCAGUAGGUUUGUUGGAUGUACACGAUCUGACAUUCAUCGUGAGUUUUUUGCUGUCUGGUGGAGUUGGCCCCCUUCUCUGGUGGUAAUGGGUGGUGGCUUUGAAAACACCACUACCUACCUACCUACCUACCUAACUUUCAGAAUGGCCCAAGUUAAACAAAAAAAGGGAAACGAC